AUGUCUAAGCCACCCUUGCCCGUACCAACGUCAUCGUUUCAAGUUUCCAAUGGUGGUAACCAAAAUGAAGAGAAGAAAGUUGAUUACUUCUACUAUGAACUAGAGCAUGGCUUCAUUGUUCGACUACGUCAAGAUAUUGACCCUGGCAUGGAUCCUAAGAAACUCAAACGCAUAAUUUCGAAUCGUAUUUCGGCUCAAAGGUCAAGGUGGAAGAAGCGUCAAUAUGUUGAACAUCUAAAGAAGAAACUCAAGGACCUCGAAAUGGAGGUGAGUGUGAGGCGUGCCUUAUUGGAAAUGCAGAAUGAAAUGACUGAAUGUCUUAACAUUGAGUAUAGGGAGCUUGAGGAGCGUGCAUUUGCUACAAAUCAACGUUUAAUUUCCGCUCAAGCUGAGAAUGAAGCGCUUUUAGCAAAGCUACGGGAAGCUGGAGAUGAAAUUGGCUCAUUCGAUCUCGAUACCCUCAUGCACCUCCAUCUCUAG